AUGAAUUCCGCAGCAUCCUGCGAAAAACCAUUGACAGAAGCGCUAACAGCUUCUGGUGGCUGGGUUGCUUGUACCGGAUUCACGCGUCAUGUAAUUGAAAGUACGGUAGAGGCACUUGUCGCUAAAACUACGUCGGGGCGUGUUGGCCUCAAGCGCUUGUAUGUUAUCAAUAUAUGCUUCCAACACUCUGACAAGCACCAAAACGACAUCCACACCAGCUCACCAGAUGGACUAUGUAUUAGCGCGGUCUGGAUGAGCAUCGAAUAUGAAGGAUUACCGUUUCUUUCGUGGGAGUGGAAGCAAGUAACCGAGGAGGAGCGAUUGCCAGAAUACAUGCCAGUCCCCAUCUAA